UGACGUUGGUUGUGCACUUCCGGUAAAUUGAAAACGAAAGUAGAUUUUUAGAAGUAUUUUCGUUUUAGCAAUUUGCUAAAUGGUUAUGCAUGUUUAUCAUCUAACGAUUAUGUGAAUGGCAACGAUGACUACACAACAUAUUACAAAAACGAUAGAGACCCUUGAGGAUAUCAAGAAAAUGCAGAAGGAAAUUAUGUCUCUCCUUGACCGAAUCGAACAACGAACUGGUAAAAAAGAACCCGUUGGAUUUUCAAGACAUGUACAAGGACACGAGGUAGUAGACUCGAAUGACAAAAUGGGGAUGUCUGUAACAGAAAGCAUUGAAGAUGACACUCGUCAAGUCAAGAAUGAAACGGAUAGUGGUGCAAGACCCAAAAUGAAGAACAAAGCUUCAGCUGACUUCCGCGUAGUUGAAGAGGACUUUCAACUUUCUCAAGAACAAGCAAAUUAUGGUAAAUCACUCCGGAGGAAUUUUGUAUCUUUACAUCAAGAUAACAGGCUGUCAGUGAAGUUUGGUUAUUCUCCGAUGGAAGGCAAAGUAGGUACAAUAGCGCAUCAGACCAAAGAGUCAGAACCUGAAAUAUAUGUAAAACCCUCGCAUGGGCUUCAAGGUGACGCAUUAACGUACCCUACAAUCCAGAAAGUGACAGACUGUACUAUUCAUACUGUGGCAAAUAUACAUGCUGAAAAGAUAGAAUUGGCAAAUGAUUUUACUAAUUCAUCUCCAUGCACAAAUGAAAAUACUGAAUCUAAUGAUCCAGAGUCACCUCCGUCGACGCAAAGUGGAGACACAUCACAUAGCACAGAAUUAACACAGUCUCAUAGAAAAAAUGAAAAUGCAGAAAAAGGUUCUCAAAUAACCAAUUUGCCGACGGCUGAAGGUGAAGAAUUAUCACAGUCUCAUGGAAAACACAAGAAUGCAGAAACAGGGUCUCAAAUAAGCCAUGUGCCGGCGGCUGAAGGUGAAGAGUUAACACAGUCUCAUGGAAAAAAUAAGAAUGCAGAAAAAGGUUCUCAUAUAAGCAAUACGCCGGCGGCAGCAACACGAGAAGCUGAGUCGACACUUGCUAGAUCACUAGUGGAGAGCAAAUUACUUGAAAAUCAAAGUGAACCCAAUGGUGCAGCUGCUGGAAAAUCCGACAGCAAAGACGAAGGUCAAUCAACAGAUGGCGACUAUUCCGAAGACAUGGGUGCAAUUGCUGAAAAAUCCGACAGCGAAGACGAAGGUCAAUCAAAAGAUGACGACCCUUCCGAGAACAUGGGAAAGAGUGCCUUGGGGAUUUGGUCAAAUGUUAUUGCGACAUCACUGGCGUCAGGGGAGUUAGCAAUGACAAAGGAAUCCAUGACAAAACUGCUAAAAGAUAGUAUGAAACAGAUGGGGUUACCCGAUAGUGAAAUCAUUGACCAUAGUAUUAAUGCUUAUUUUGAGGCUUCUAUGACGCAAGACGGGGAAUUCGAUUUGGGCAAAGCGCUUUAUUUCCAAACAUCUGAGAGAACAAACCCUAAGUUGGGAAUUUUAAGACUGGGUUUGAAGAGGGGAGGGGUUAAGCUAACUCCAGAAGGCAUUUCGGAGAUUCUAAAGGAUGCUGUGGCACGGUCUGGCAUAGAAGAUAAUUCGCUCGUUGACCAAUUUACUACUGGAUUUGUUAGGGCGACCUUCACUCCAGAAGGAAAGAUGGACCUAAGAAAAAUGGAGGAAAAAUUUGAACAAACUGCCAAAGGAAUACUCGGUUUUAUAUUACCUGGGAUAGACAGCCAUGAGAGUGAACCAGGGACAGACGUUUCAGAAGGUGACACUAGGGCUGCAAAUAGAAGAAGCAAUAGGCAUCAGACUUCAAGACCUCAAGAAGAUUCCAGCCCAUCAGAAGGGAUAGACAUUAAUGUGUGGCUUGAUUUCGCCGAGAAAGCAAAAAAUGAAGGUAGACGUGCAUCGGAACGACGAUCCCCAGGCAUGGAUACACUCUUUUUGCUAGAUGUGUCUGGAUCAAUGAAAGGUGCUGCAUGGGAUCAGGCCACUAGAUUUGUAAAGAACUUCUUAGAAUGUCUCCAGGGCAGUCACGAUCAGGCCUUCGAGCACGUGGCCUUGGUCACAUUUGGAGGGGAUACCUGCGUGCAUCAACAUCUCACGUGCGACUAUGUGCAGAUAGGAAGGAAACUUGAUUUAUUGAAGCCAUCGGGGCCCUCCCCGCUGCUGGGAGGGGUUAUCAUGCUGGAAGCUGCCAUCAUGGGGGGAGGUCAAAUAUUUGAGUGCAACAAUUAUAAAAUCCCUCCCCGCGUUUUUCUAAUAACGGACGGAAAGCCGACACUUUCGAGUUUCAUGGAUGGUGUGGAUUCUGACAGAUCAACUAUAUCUCCACAGGAAAGAGAGGCGAUUCUAAACGUUGUAUUGCGAAUCCAUUCCUCGAAAAUCAGAUUUUAUACAGUGCCUGUUGGCUCUGCAGACAAGAGGUUACUACACGAAAUAGCCUCGCUGACGAAGGGCUCGGUCGUCUCUUCCAAAGAUUGGAAGAUCCAGGCUGCGGCCUUCAAGAACUACCAAUUGGCUGCGACGCUAGGCGUAGAGGGACUAAACCCGUUGUUGACUGGGCCAAUGUCAGAAGAGGAUCUCCAACAAUGUCAUGACUUCCUGAGAAGGUUUAAACAAAAAAGAGAGAAACAAGAAAUAGAAGGACUUCCUCCUCUUGGUUCCAGGGUCGAGUUGGGAACCUCUUAUGGACGAAUAGGGACCGUCUCAAAACACAGCGGCGAUGACAAUCUCGAUGUGAUCUGGGACUACCCCGACGAUGCUGAUACGACGAGAUCCACAGUUAGUGUACAACUAGUGAGACAAAUUAACAUGCCGAGAGUCCUCUUUGAUGAACUGAUAGCCCCAGGCUGUAGAGUGAGAAGAGGACCGGACUGGCGCUACGAAGAUCAGGACGGUGGGCCGGGAAAUAUUGGUUCCGUGUACGGUGUAGACAUUAGUGGGAUAGUCAAGGUACGAUGGGACAAUGGCAACUUAAACACGUAUAGGUUUGGGACUAAUGGGAUGUUUGACCUCGCAAUUGUGGAAGGAGGACAUGUACCCGCAUCUGGGACGCACUCUUUCAAGACUUCUCGCAUGAACAAGAACCGUAGUGUUGCGUCGAACAAUAGCCCCGCAAAGACACAGAGGCCGUCUCCUGCAUCAAAACCUAAAUCUACACCUGCUGGUACACCUAUUUCAACCACUAGAACGUCGAAGGACAGAGAGAGGAUGGCAAAUUUGAAUAGAGACAAUCAACCAGCGCCAGUAACAGUGCCUGGGCAAUGGUUUUGGCAAAGGGGCAAUGAAUGGAAACCCUUCGCCGAUGAGGGAAACGCUCUGAUCGAGGGGAAAUAUCAGUUGAACCCGAAUGGUACUGUCGUUGUCGACAUUGACAAUGAAAGUUAUCGAGUGGUUUUACCGAAGCUGUAUAUGACUCACAUCUUCACGAAAGUAAAGCACAACAUUGAGAGGAGAAAAAUAUAAGACAGGACCUCACGGGAAUUGUUGACAUGCCGAUACAUUAGUUUACCAUUAUGAAAUAAAUAAAAGCAGUGUUUAAAUUUUUUAUCUUUAACCUUUCGUUUUUACGGACGUUGGCAAAGUGUGUAUCAAUACAUUAAGGCACAUAAACACUCAAAAACCAAUAAUUUUCGUACAAUAUUUCAAUGAAUAUAGUUAACACAUAAAAAACAACCUUUCUUAUAGCAAUAGCCAAUAUUUUGACGUAAGAUGUGGUCUGGUAACAGAAAAUUGAAAAAAAUAUACAUUGUGCCACAAAAAUAUAAAAACGAGCAUUUUGUAUCUCGUUAAAUCUAUGAUACCAUACCACAUGUAGCGUUGAAAGUUUGGCUUUUGGUAUAACGUACACUUUUUAUGGGUUGUCUUUAUUUUAAGAAAUAUUUGCGAAAUAUUCGUUUUUUUAAAAGUAUUUAUGUUACUUUAAAACUUUGGUGAAUGCAUUCUCAUAAAGUGCUUAUGUAAUUUGUAUGAUUGUUUACAUAUAUGUCAACUUCACUUUGUUAAAACAAUUACAGUCUGCGGCUAUGAAUCUCAACCCUGAAACUAUCGUUAAAUAUGAUUGUGCGUUAAGUCGCAAGUAAGUUAAUUAUUAAAUUAGUGAUAUUAAUACUAUACUAACAUUUUUAAGUGCAAUAUUAUGAAACAUGAACGUCAAAUUAUGGUUUACACAGGGAUUUUGAUUACAGCGAUGCAUUAAUUUUUAUUAUCCAAUUGUAGUUGUAUUUGUUUGUUCUUUGUUGCUUUCAUUUGCUCGAAUGCAAACAAUCGUUUAGUAUCCAUGAGGCAUUCUGGUCAUGUGUUACACGACAUCCUAAAAAUAAUUGUAUCAGUACGGGUGCAAGGAACAUCAUCGCGAAGGCAAACGAAGGCAUUUUCACAUUUAAUUCACAUGUAAUUAUAAAAACGUUAGAAAUAACCAUUUAUACACUAUAUGAAAAAAGCAGGUUUAAUCCAUACCCAAUGUAAAUUUGUUGUUAACGCGAAUUACGUUUUAGCUCCACUGGGCAGAGGCCAGCGGGGCUUAUGCCAUGGUCCUAUGUCCGUCGUACGUCCGUGCGUUAACUUUUUCUUUAAACAUCUUCUCCUAAAGUACUGGUCCAAUUCUGAUGAAAUUUCUCAGGAAUGUUCCUGGGGUGAACCUCUUUCAAAUUUGUUCUAAUUAUGCCUCAGGGGUCAAAUUUGACCCCGCCCCGGGGGUCACACAAUUUAAAAUUUGCUUAUAUAAGGCCUAUUAUGUGAAAACUUUCAGAACUUCUCGUCCAUAACCAUUGGGCAUAGGGCUAUCAAAUUAGGUAUGUAGAGACAUCUAAUAGUCCUCUACCAAAUUUCUUCAUAUAAUGCCCCUGGGGUCAAAUUUGACCCUGCCCCGGGGGUCACAAAAUUGAACAUAUGCUUAUAUAAAGCCUAUUUUGUGCAAACUUUAAAAAUCUUCUUGUCCAUAACCGUAGGGCCUAGGGCUACCAAAUUCUGUAUGUAGUGACAUCUAAUAGUUCUCUACUUAGUUUGUUCAAAUUAUGCCCCUGGGGUCAAAUUUGACCCUUCCCCGGGGGUCACAAAAAUGAUCAUAUGCUUAAUAUAUCCGCGGCCUGCGAAAUCUCUCCGCAUUUUACACUGGUAGAUUCUGCCUACGCAUUUUUAAAACGAGCGAUAUACUUGGCUGUCGUUUCCCAAUCUUCCAAUUAAAAUCGGUUUCAUAAAAUGUGUUUGGUAUUUCGUAUGCAAAUGGCGCCGUUGUAAAGCGAAAAUUAAGAUUAUUGAAAUGAAAAAUAUCAAUGGAAUUAACGAUUGACAUCAUAUAGUUUGAUAGGAAUAAUUAAAUGUGUUUGUCAACGAAAAAGACUACGUUUUAGAUACAAGAAACACAUAUUUUGUUUAGAAAUGUGCACAGUGAAUUUGUGUCACGGAAACCAGUGUUUCUGUUUGCAAAUUGGGAGUUCAGUCUACUCGCGAAGUAAAACAAUUUAUAAGAGGAUCUUUCGAACAUGGAAAUAGACAAACAUGAUUUGAUUUAUAUGAUAGUGGAACUUUGUAUAAUCAGAUUCAUAUGCAUAUUCUGCUUUAUUAUGUUUGUCACGCUGUUCAGUUAAUUGAAAUAGCUUUGAACUAAAGAUGUGAAAUGCAAGAUAUUGAAAGGUAAACAAAUUAUAUAUAUUAAUUAAACUCAGUUUAAUACAUCAUUAACACAAGAAGAACACACAAGUGUGUUUGUUUAUAUUUAGUCCAUUAACCUUGUUAGUACAUUUUAUAAAAAAAUUGUAUUGUUUUGUUUGUUUUCACCGAAUGGUUAGUAUUGUUCUUUUAAGUUAACAUUCUCAAAAUUCUUGUUUUAUUAUAGGCCCUAUUUAUAAAAAAAUAAUUUUGAAUGACAUCAUUUUAUGAUUUAUAAACAGAUUGGGAAAAAAAAUUGUUCAAGAUAAACUUAACAACAAAUUGUUACAUUGAAAUUAAGUGAUUUUAAUAUUAAGUAGCAAAAAAAUAAGGAGAAUCCAACUUAAAAAAGAUGUAUCUAUUAAAAGUAUAUUCUACCAAUGCCGUGAACGAUCCCCUUGUUUAUAACAUGACUGCCGCUAAGUCUAUUACUAGCAACCUAUCAGAGAAUAGGUCAGAUACGUUAUUUCAAUAUAUGGCAAUCAUAGUAUUUUUCAAAACAAACAUGACAGGUAACCAAUGUCAGAUGGAAGAAGUAAAGGAAAGUUAGGUCAAGCUAAUUGUUUUUCAUGAUAUCUCUUUAAAACUCACGCCAUAUGCAAGUAGUGUUGCCAUGAUCGCAACAUCUUGAUGAAUUAUAAUUCAAUUUUUUGUCUCAUAAACAUUUACUUUGUUUAACAAACAACCUCUACAAAGUUGUCAUUUCUACUGCCUUUCGGCAUCUUAUGAACCUGAAAAACUCGUAACUUUAUGUUUCAUCAGGCAAAUAUCUUAUUUGUACAAUAAACAAUUUCUUCACCACGUUAACAAUCCUGCUACACUCACUAAUGCCUCAAGAAUGAAGUAAAAUUCAGGUGAUCUACGUCAUUAGGUAUUUUGCAUAUGUCAUGAACUAUAUAAGUAACAGAAGCUUUGAAACCUACAAACACUUUUUGGAAUUUUGGAAAAAGAUUCAUGAUUGAAUGAAGGAACUUUCAUUUAUCUUGUAGAACAUGCGUAUAUUUGAUCUUCAGCAUCUAAAAUAUGUGAAAUAGAAAGAACGACAAUAUUGUUUUUAGAGAUAAAUGUACCUACGUUAUAAGCAAAGGACCUGUGCGACAAUUCCCGGACAUUUUAGUCUGUUUAGUGAACACCGUAGUAACGUUUUCCAUAUAUAUAUAAAAUGCUCACCCUUACAACUUUAAGCGCCCAGUGGAAUGAGGGAUAGAAAGAGAAAGUCACAUGCUUGAGUACAUUUCAACUCAUGCGCAUUGCACGCCUUUUUCGCAUUAAAAAACAGUGGAGCGAUAUAGGGCCACCAUGGCCCUCUUGUUUAUACAAAAGAUGGGUUUACAUCUUUCAUAUUUGACGAGAUUGAAUGUCGCUGGUUGACAAUUUAAACAAGGCGUGUUUGGUAUUGUAUGUAAUAUACAGAGGUCUCCAACAUUAAGAUUGUCAUUAUAUUUCAAUAUGAAGAUUACCAUUUUAUUGCACAAUCCAAUGUUAAUGCGUUACAGCAGUAAACAAAGUGUAUUGUUUAAAAAAAAAAAAAAAUUAGACAUUUACCGUUAGGUCUUGUAUGGAGGUCGAAAUCUGCCAAACAUGCCUCUUGCUGAUAUCCAAACUUUUAACAUUCAGAUCGCAUCUUCGCUUUUGCUACCUUUAAACAAUAUACCUAACCGAAACAUA